GUUCCUUGAUCCGUCUGCCUGACUUUGGGUGCUUACCGGCUGAUCUACGGGGAAAAAAGGACAUCAACAACAAAAUAUUCUUUCAAAGUUUUUCCCGAUCUUCGUACUUUUGUGACGGCGAUAAGAAAAAGGAUAAUCAUUUGCCUUCUGUUGUUUGGGGUUCGUCUAUCAUUCAUAUCUAAGGCUUUAUCAUUUGCAGGUGAUCGAAAUGAUUUCAGGAUGCUGGUCCAUGUCCGUAUACCUGGCGGCUACGUGGAUGGUCAUCUGUCUGAUUGGCUCAAGUGAAGGCAGAAGCACCAACACUCUGGACCUCGAUAUCAUGCCCACAGAACUCCGAUUGGGAGAUCCUUGCCGAUCGUCAUACGAGUGCUUACAUCACUUACAUCACAGCCAUUGCGACUGGGACAAGAGGGUCUGCACAUGCCAACCAUAUCACUUCCAGUUCAACGACACCUGGUGUCUUCCUGCUUCGCUCCUGGGUUACGGAUGCGCCGUCGACCAACAAUGUCAGAUCAAAGUUAAGAACAGCGAAUGCGGCGAGCACAAACUUUGUCAGUGCAAAGAAAACUUCAUGCCGUUACGUAAAGACAAGUGCCUUCCGCCUGCUGCAAUUGAUGAUUACUGCCUGAACGAUCGGCAAUGUCAAAUGGCAAACAGAUUCAGUUACUGCAAGUAUAUCAUACCGAGGAUUUACGGCAAGUGCCAAUGUCCACUUGGUUUUCUACUCACAGCAGAUGGCGAAUGUUACCCACAUCUUGGUGGUGAGUGCGAAAUAGAUGAAGACUGUCAGCAUGCAACUCCUAACUCAAUAUGCAGCCGACAAGGCAAGCGUUCUAAUAAAUGUCAGUGUGCAGAGGGUUUCAAAACUUCAAGGAAUGGAAUGACCUGCGAAAUUGAAGAAGAGAAACCAAGUCAGCCUGCGGACAGUUUCGUGUCCGUUACUCCAGUAUCAUUGGGAAAACCAUGCUUGACCUCCAGCCAGUGCCAAGCCAGAGAUCCUUACUCCAUCUGCGUGCAAGGAAGGUGCGAAUGCCAACGAGAUACGCUUAAAUGCAGCUCUGCUAACACACAAUGUUUGAAUGAUACAUUCCAGUGCACAAACGGACAGUGCAUCUCGUGGUAUUUUGUUUGCGACGGCGAGCAGAACUGCGCCGAUGGAACAGACGAAGAGAACUGCAUACCUUUCAACUGUCCGAAAGAAGCAUUCCAGUGCAAUGACGGAACGUGCAUGUCCAGGUCUACAGUUUGCAACGGAAGGUGGGAAUGUCCCGAUGGCAGCGACGAAGCCCGCUGUUACACAGGUAUCCCUUGCGAUAAGGACUCAUUUCGAUGCAACAACGGCCAGUGUCUGCCCCAGUAUGUGUUCUGCAAUGCAGUCACUGAUUGCUAUGAUGGGUCGGAUGAAAGUUUCUUAUUAUGCGAACGAGGCGAAGGAUGCCCGGCGAAUAGUUUCCGUUGCAAUAACGAACGAUGCCGUUCCACUGCCAUCCUGUGUAGUGGGCUAGAUGGAUGUGGAGAUAAUAGCGAUGAAGACAGAUGCCAAGUUUGCCAUUGUGAAAAGCCGGAAUAAAAAGCUGCCAACAUCCAUUGUUCCGCCAUUUGCCUGUGCCGUCUUUUUGUACAUUAUUUAUUUUUUGAGCGUCUUACAGGCCAGGGCGCAGGCUGCCCUGCAGUCCGGACAUUAAUUUAUUAUAUUUUGUAUGCUGCAAGACGCUCUCUCGUGCCUUCAACUGGACGUGAUGCCUCAACGUGUGCCGUUGGGAUUCUUGAGAACUAUGACCUCCAUAAAAUGACGAAAGUCUUCUCUGUGCUUAAACCUUGGCGAAUUUAAAGUUUACAAGCAUUCGUGGACAUUUCAAGCAUCCAGUAGUGAUACUUGCAUAGAAUUAAAAUUGUUUAGAAUUAUAUCCAAAAAUUUUCGGCUUCUCCUCUUUAGUAUUGCAGAUGGAAAGCGGGAAGCAGAUCAGCACUCAACAACGAAUACUUUUUGCCUAAAAGUUUCUAUCUCGGUUAAAAGUUUCAAUAUUUUAAUAAUGAGAGGUAAAAAUGUUUCUUUGCUUAUUUUCUUAAAUAGUCAGAUUUCUAAACUUAACCCAUGCAUUUGCAAUUUCAAUGCACAUGCUUCAUUUUCCAUAUGAAGAAGAUAGAAAAUUAUAUCGAUAUUAUAAAGUUAAAAUACUCGCAGAAAAUAGUUUAAUAAAUUCAUUACAGACCGUAAAUUUCUCUCACUUGGAACUUUUAGGCAGGAAAAUAAUAUAUAUUUAUACACAUAUUUAAUAUUUCACAGUACAAUUAUUUUUAUAUUGUAUUGUGAAAUGCUUACUUCGACAAAAAUUAUAAUUUUUUUUACUUAUAGUAGUUUUUAUAAGUAGCUGGUAAAAUUUUCUUCUCAAAAUAAUUAUUUCAUAACAGUAAAUCAAAAUAGUUCUAAAAUUUCAAAUGAGUGGCAUUCACUUACCCUUUUAUUUACAUAAAUGAAAAUAAUUUUUAUAGAGAAUGAUUUGUUUCAUGCUUUAGGAAGCACAAGAAGACUAUCGUAAUGUAGGAGCUUUUAAUCAAUUAAUUAUUAAUGAAAAAACUAUGGUUUGUGUUUAUGUGAAGUUUUAUUUGUCCCAAAGUUCCAUUCCUUCAGUAACUUUAAUUUCUCUUUGCUGGUAUGUCUUCCUUGAUAAGCAUCAGUUAUGACUGUGGUUCCCAAAGUUUUUUCACGUAAUAAAAUGUAGAGGUACAUCUAGCGCAAAUGUAUAAAUUAAUUUGUAAUCAAUGAAACAUCUGGCUAAUUCAGGUGUAGUUUACAAUACAUAUAUAUAUAUAUAUAUAUAUAUAUAUAUAUAAACCAAAACAUUUACUUAUGCUAAAGCAAAUUUUAAACACCUACGUAUAGGUUAUAAACUCAAACAGAAAUAAAAAUAAAAUUGGAUUUUUAUUAGUAUCUAAACUUUCACUAAUAUGUGCUAAAAAAUAUUUUUAAAACACUUAUUCUGUGGUAUUUGCUUGAUAGAAAAUUGCAUCCGCACAGCAGGCUUUGUAGUACAAAUCCAAUGUAAACACGUUUUGUUUCAUUUAGUGUCAUAUUUUAAUAUCAUCCGCUCAACAUAAAAUUCUCAGCUUGUUUUGGGAACCACGAUAUUUGAAGCUUAUAAAAUGGUGGAAAAUUCCUUGUUUUUUUGUCCUUUAUAUUAUUUUUUUUGUAAAAUCAAAAUUUGAUCAUUCUCAACUUUUUGUUUUAUGAACCAUCUAACUGUAAGCUGCACAUUUAUGUACCGAGAACUGAAUGUUUAUCCAGCUCUGCAAAAUAAGAAUUUUAAGCUUGAUAUAUGGAAUGCAACACAUUCUUGAUCUUUCGACGAUUACAUUUCAAUAUAAACUAAUAAUUUAUUAUUAUUAGAUGCCGCUAGAGACUUUUGCAUAAUUUAUGGGUAUAUAUGUAGGACAAGAGAAUACUUUUUAGUGGUAUUUAAGUUUUACUUGCAGCCUGUAUAGGUAUAAUAUAGCGUAAUUAAGCUUGUAUAUGUAUAACAUAGCGGCUAUGUUACAUGCCACAUUUUAGACAUAGCGGGUGUGGUUUAAAUACUUUUCCAGAACUACUUUAUAUAUUUCAUUGUAAAUAGAUUUUCACUAGCAGCUUCGCUGCCAGCCUUCGUCUGGCUUUUAAAUGUACCGGGAAAAUGGCUGAAGGGAACAUUAAAUUUAAAAACUGCGUAGAAU